AUGGCAGGAGAAGCAGGGGGGUGGCGGGGGGAGGGGGAGUGGCGGGAGAAGCUGGGGAAAGGGCGGGGGAUGGCCGGAGAAGCUGGGGAAAAGGUAGGGGGCGCGGGGGGAGGAGGUCGCUCUGGCAGAGGAAAGGGCAGGGGUGGCGGAGGGAGGGGGAGUGGCGGGAAAAGCUGGGGAAAAGCAGGGGGUGCGCGGGGGGAGGGUGGCGGAGAAGCUGGGGAAAGGGCGGGGGUGGCCGGAGAAGCUGGGGAAAAGGUAGGGGGUGCGCGGCAGAGGGGGUGGCGAGGGGGAGGGCAUCGUGGUGGCAGAGGGGGAAGGGGCACAGGGGGUGGCGUGAGGUGGAGGGAGGAGAAGGGAAAAUGGAGGAGAGGGGUGGGCGUGAGUGCUGCUGGGAGGUAA